AUUCAAAACAUGGCUUUUUCCCACUAUUAUCUCCUUAUCUUUGCAUUGUGCAUUCUCUACGUAGAAUCAGCUGAUGACCCUUCAGCACAACUUUGCAACGAAAAUUCAAACAUCACCACCCCUGAAAUAACCAAAAACAUAGAUUCACUUCUAACCAAACUAGUCCAAGCCACCUCCCAAUCGGGCUAUAGUGCAACCACCUUCGGCACAGACCAAACCCAAGUCUUUGGUUUAGCCCAAUGCCGAGGAGACGUGCCUAACGAUGAGUGCACAUCUUGCAUCCAAAACGCGGCAAAAGAAAUAAAAACAUUAUGUCCAAACCGCGUUGACGCUAGGCUAUGGUAUGAGUAUUGUUUUAUAAGGUACAACACCAAAAACUUUUUUGGUAAAGUUGACACGGGGUAUGGAGUGCUUUACGCUAACGUUGAAAAUGUGACUGACCCCGAAACAUUUAAUGAGGCGCUUGGGGCGCUUAUGUAUCGGACAAAUUUGUUAGCUGCUGCGCCAGGUAGCAAAGGGGUCGGGACAGGGGAGACUAAGCUGUCGGAUUUCGUGACGCUUUAUGCAUUGUCUCAAUGUACAAGAGACUUGUCACCACUUUUGUGUAGACAAUGUUUAGCCAUUGCUCUUGGUCAGACUUUCUGUGCCAACAAGAAAGGGUGUAGAGUUAUAUAUAGUAGUUGUAAUAUUAGAUAUGAAUUGUAUCCAUUUUUCUUUCCGCUUGAUGAGAAGUUGGCUCUUGAAAGCUCUUCGAUCACACAUUACAUGUCGCUAGUUAGAAAACCUUAGAGUUUUGGGUAAUGAAUUUGAAGAAAUGAUUUCCUUUUAAGGAUGUUAUCAAUAAAUUGUUGUUUUUAUGUCAAAGAUCUUAAUGGGUUA